AUGCUGGACUCUUUAUCAACAUGCUUGAAUUCUCAGCAUAAGAGGGCAAGAAAAUUUAUUACAAAACUGAAAUUCACUAGUUGGAAGAGAAAGAAGCCUAAAAGACUUGUUUCUGAUCUAAGCUGGUUAACUUCAUCAUUCGCAGCCAUGGAGUUGUCUAACCAAUUGAAACAAGUCUUCAAAUUCAUCGACACAAACGGGGACGGGAAACUGUCUAGUUUCGAGCUAGAAGACGUGCUGCUCAACCUCGGAAAUGACAAGAAAAUCGCCAACAAAGAAGCCGAAGGAAUGGUAAGAGAGAUGGAUAGUAAUGGAGAUGGUUUUGUUGAUUUACAAGAAUUCUUGAAUGCCAUGGAACUUGAUAAUGAUGCUAUUGGGAUUGAUAUAAUGGGAGCUUUUAGUGUAUUUGACGCUGAUAAAAAUGGAUUAAUUUCUGCUGAAGAUUUGCAGAGGGUUUUUAAAUGUCUUGGAUGUGGAAAAUGCAGUCUUAGAGACUGUCAUUCAAUGAUCAAAGGGGUAGAUAAAGAUGGCGAUGGAUUUGUAAAUUUUGAAGAUUUUAAGUUAAUGAUGAGUGCAGGAUGCAAGGUUUAG